AUGGCCGCCAACCCAUACAGUAAUCAACAGUUUAUGCCCUUUGCAAGCAGGCGAAGCACGGUUCAUAGCACAAAUGGAAUGGUUUCUUGUACUCAACCACUCGCCGCAGCAGCUGGGCAGAGGAUUCUCAUGGAAGGUGGAAAUGCAGCAGAUGCAGCUGUAGCCGUCGCCGCCGCUUUAAAUGUUACCGAGCCAUGCUCUACCGGAAUCGGCGGCGAUAUGUUCUGUCUCUUUUACGAGGCCAAGACCAAAAAGGUUCACGGUCUUAACGGCUCCGGUCGGUACCCCAUUGGCACUUCAUUAGACCAAGUGAGAGGUGAUCUUGGUGUGUCAUCAACAUAUAAAGGAUCGAUCCCUUUCGAUAGUCCCUUGUCUAUUACUACACCAGGUGCCGCUGCAGGCUGGGUUGAUACUGUGGAGAAGUUUGGGAGCGGCAAGCUUUCCCUGCUCCAGGUGCUCGAACCAGCGAUAAAGUUGGCCGAGGAAGGGUUUCCAGUCUCCGAGAUCGCAUCUUAUAAGUGGCGACUGAACGAAGACAUGAUUCGAAAUGCAUCUGCAAACUUCCGAGAAAUGCUCAAGCCAGACCCGACCGCAAGGGACGGAGUCAGGUAUCCUCGAACGGGGGAAAUCUUCAGCAAUACUAAUCUUGCAAAAACAUUUCGGAAACUAGGUGAAGAAGGAAAACCGGGAUUCUACGAGGGGAGGAUUGCUGAAGAGAUGGCCAAGGUGGUCCAAGACCGUGGAGGUUAUCUUUCGCUCGAAGACUUGAAGCAGCACGCCCAAACUGGUACCCAAUCAGUCGAUCCUAUCUCUCUACAGUUCAACCCCAAGACCCUUGGGACUUCGGGGGAGGAAGAAAGUGUCGAAGUUUGGGAGCAUCCCCCUAACGGACAGGGAAUAGUUGCUCUCAUGGCUUUGGGCAUCCUGGAGGAAUUGCAAGAGACCGGACGUCUUCCGAAGUUCCAACCCGAGGAUCACAAUAGUGCCGAGUAUUUGCACGCAAUUAUCGAAAGUCUUCGGAUUUCGUUCGCAGAUGCCAGCUGGUGGGUGACUGACCCCGAUGUCGUCCAUGUCGCUGUCCAGGAAAUGCUGUCAAGGUCUUACUUAUCCGAACGUGCAAAGCUUUUUGAUCCAGGGAGGGCCUCGCCUUUCUAUUCCCAUGGGAGUCCAGCGCACAAUCACUGCGACACUGUCUACUUUGCAGUCACGGACAGAGAUGGGAACGGCGCAUCUUUCAUCAUCAGCAACUACGAAGACUUCGGAUCAUGUAUCAUUCCCAAGGAAUGUGGUUUCACGUUGCAGAAUCGUGGAGCAAAUUUCAAACUUGAGGAUGGCCAUCCGAAUGUGCUCGCGCCGGGAAAAAGGCCAUACCAUACCAUCAUUCCGGCCAUGGUGACUAACCUAGAUGGCUCAUUGCACUCGGUUUUUGGAGUCAUGGGGGGAUUCAUGCAACCUCAGGGGCAUGUGCAAGUUCUCUUGAACAUGCUGGUAUACAACCUCAGUCCCCAGGCAGCGAUCGACGCACCUCGUAUCUGUAUUGGGGCUGUAUCCAGUGAAGCAGAGGGCUACCCACCGAUUUAUGUCGAAGAAGGAAUUCCCGACGAGACCAUCGAGGGCUUGAAGUCACUUGGACACAAAGUUCAAGUGUUGAAAGAUUAUGAAAGAGCAAUGUUUGGCCGCGGCCAAUUGAUUCGUUGCCAGCAUGAUGCUGGAAAAACUGUUUUCAGCGCUGGAAGCGAUCCUCGAGGUGAUGGGCAAGCAAUUCCGCUAUAG